AGGCAGCUGCGGGGAGAACAGAAACCAAGUUCCCCGGCAACAAGCAGCAUCCACCCGGCGGGAGGCCGGAGCCAGCGAGGCCCGAAAAGCUGCGGAGUGAGCCGGACGCUCCUUGUCCAGCGCGCGUCCUACUUCUCCUCCACUAACUCGGCCGCCCGUCCCCAAGCCUCGACUCGCUUUUUAGCCUUCGCAAAGCCUAGGGAGGGGGUUAGGAGCAGCCGCGCCCCCCUCCCUGCGGCUGCCUCCUCCUGCUUUUUCGGCUUUGCUCCCUGCCGCGUGCGCCAGGGCAGUGCGCCCCGGCAGGCCCCAGCCAUGUCGAUGCUGCCAUCGUUCGGCUUCACGCAGGAGCAAGUGGCGUGCGUAUGCGAGGUUUUGCAGCAAGGCGGGAACCUGGAGCGCCUGGGCAGGUUCCUGUGGUCGCUGCCCGCCUGCGACCACCUGCACAAGAACGAAAGCGUGCUCAAGGCCAAGGCCGUGGUCGCCUUCCACCGCGGCAACUUCCGCGAGCUCUACAAGAUCCUGGAGAGCCACCAGUUCUCGCCUCACAACCACCCCAAGCUGCAACAACUGUGGCUGAAGGCGCACUACGUGGAGGCCGAGAAGUUGCGCGGCCGGCCCCUGGGCGCGGUGGGCAAAUAUCGGGUGCGCCGAAAAUUCCCGUUGCCGCGCACCAUCUGGGACGGUGAAGAGACCAGCUACUGCUUCAAGGAGAAGUCGCGGGGCGUGCUGCGGGAGUGGUACGCGCAUAACCCCUACCCCUCGCCGCGUGAGAAGCGGGAGCUGGCCGAGGCCACCGGCCUCACCACCACCCAAGUCAGCAACUGGUUUAAGAACCGGAGGCAAAGAGACCGGGCCGCCGAGGCCAAGGAAAGGGAGAACACUGAAAACAAUAACUCCUCCUCCAACAAGCAGAAUCAACUCUCUCCUCUGGAAGGGGGCAAGCCGCUCAUGUCCAGCUCAGAAGAAGAAUUCUCACCUCCCCAAAGUCCAGACCAGAACUCGGUCCUUCUGCUGCAGGGCAAUAUGAGCCACGCCAGGAGCUCAAACUAUUCUCUCCCAGGUUUAACCGCCUCUCAGCCCACCCACGGCCUGCAAGCCCACCAGCAUCAGCUCCAGGACUCUCUGCUGGGCCCCCUCACCUCCAGUCUGGUGGACUUGGGGUCCUAAGGGGGAGGGAUUGGGGCCCCGAAGCAGCGACUAGGGACACUUGUAAAUAGAAAUCAGGAACAUUUUUGCAGCUUGUUUCUGGGGUUCUUUGCGCAUAAAGGAAUGGUGGACUUUCACAAAUAUCUUUUUUAAAAUUCAAACCCAACAGCGAUCUCAAGCUUAGUGCCCUCUUCUCUCCAACUCUUUCCACUUUUGCAUUAUUUUCCCUCCCAGUGUGGAGAUCAGGGAAAAGAAAAAAAAAAAAACCCAAACAAACAAAAACAUCCAGUCACCCAGUCUUGGUUCUGGGCAACCCGUGUUCCUGCUCCAGUAGCCUUUCUUUUUUCUUUUUCUUUUUUUUUUUUCAAUCAAUGGAAAUUACAAAUCAACUGGAUUUUAAUUAUUUCAUUUUAAUUUAUUUAUGGAAAAAUGUUUUGAGAAGAGGAAAAGGAAAUGAAAAUGAGAGAGAGAGAGAGAGGAGAUCAAAACAGUGAAAAGAUCCUCCAGUCUGGGAGGAACUGGUUGCAUUCUUAAGGUGAAUAGGAAAAAUACGAUCUUAUAACUUUUUUUUGAUGGGGAAAAUUAAGUUUACAUUUUCAUAUUUAGUGUUAAACAAUUUUAUGUAGAUUAAAAUGAAAGAACAGUAUUAGGGGAAAAAACAAGUGCCUAAAUGUCUUAAUGCUGUCUAUGUGAGGCAGUUAGAAAUAGAAGUGACCAUUAGUAAUACAAAUACUUUUGUCAAAUUUAGUGGGGGUUUUUGGUUGUUGUUUGUUUUCUUGGGUUUUUUUUUAUGGCAAACUUUAAAAAUGUACCAGUGUGAAAAAACACUUUCCUGAAUGCCAUUACUUCUCAUGCCCUUGAAGCUUUCUUAUCUGUAGCCUACUCCUGUUAAGGGUUUCUCCUGUUCCUAGUUUCUAGCUUGCAAAAAUACGUAACAAAUCUAGCAACCUGGUAUUUGUUACUAAAACAGCAUGUGUUUUCAGGUUUCUUUUCUAUUGUACCUAAACCAGUCUAAAUUAAAACUUAGUAGAACACCA